AUGGGUGGUGUCACCGUUCGCGAUGUGGACGCGCAAAAGUUCAUUGUGGCUUACGCCGCUUUCCUGAAGCGUCAGGGAAAGCUCCCCAUCCCUGGUUGGGUUGACACUGUCAAGACCUCCGCCUCCAACGAGCUCCCUCCCCAGGACGCCGACUGGUACUACGUCCGCGCUGCCGCCGUCGCCCGUCACAUCUACCUCCGCAAGACCGUCGGUGUUGGCCGCCUCCGCAAGGUUCACGGCUCUACCAAGAACCGUGGCUCCCGCCCCGCCCACCACGUCGACGCCUCCGGUGCCGUCGACCGCAAGGUCCUCCAGUCCCUUGAGAAGAUCGGUGUCCUCGAGCAGGACGAGGACAAGGGUGGCCGCCGCAUCACACAGUCUGGUCAGCGUGAUCUUGACCGUAUCGCCAAGACCACCGUUGACGAGGAGGAGGAGGAUGACGAGUAA